AUUGCCAUCCUAGCCGAUCCCCUUUCCUCGAGGCUCGAGGGCGAGGUAUCCACCCCGCUCCUCCCUAAGUCCCUAUCGCGCGACGCCGCCGCCAACCCCACGCUCGCACGCCGUCGGCUCCUUCCCUCCCCGAGCUCCUCCAGCCUCCUCCCUGCCCCCCUGCAACGCCGCCUCCACCUGCCCCUUCCUCCGUCGCCGCCUCCCAUCAGCCGCCGGUCAUCACACCGCACCUCUUCCUCCCCCCAGCCGCCACGGCGCGCCGCCCCGGCCGGGCGGUUCCUGCCCCGAUUGGACGCCGUGAGCAGGGGGAGACAUGAUUUACACGGCGAUCGACACGUUCUACCUCACGGACGAGCAGCUGCGCGAGUCGCCGUCGCGGAAGGAUGGGAUCGACGAGGCCGCCGAGACGACCCUCCGCGUCUACGGCUGCGACCUCAUCCAGGAGAGCGGCAUCCUCCUCAGGCUACCUCAAGCAGUGAUGGCCACAGCACAAGUACUGUUCCAUCGGUUUUACUGCAAGAAAUCAUUUGCACGAUUUAGCGCUAAGAGAGUUGCUGCUAGCUGUGUUUGGUUAGCUGGGAAGUUGGAGGAGAGUCCAAGAAGGUCAAAGCAUAUCAUAUUUGUCUUCCAUAGAAUGGAAUGCAGGAGAGAAAGCCUACCAAUAGAAUUCUUGGAUGUGUUUUCAACGAAAUAUACAGAACUGAGGCAUGAUCUGAUAAGGACCGAACGACAUCUGCUGAAGGAGAUGGGGUUUAUCUGCCACGUUGAACACCCGCACAAGUUCAUCUCGAACUACCUAGCAACACUCGAAGCCCCUGAGCUGACACAAGAAGCGUGGAACCUUGCCAAUGAUAGCUUGCGGACAACUCUUUGUGUACGGUUUAAGAGUGAAGUAGUAGCAUGCGGAGUUGUGUAUGCUGCAGCUAGGAGGCACCGGGUUCCCCUCCCAGAAGAGCCUCCUUGGUGGACAGUCUUUGAUGCCGAUGAGGCAGCAAUUCAGGAAGUUUGCAGGGUUCUUGCUCACCUCUACAGCCUCCCAAAGGCACAAUAUAUACCAGUGUAUAAAGAUAAUGAUUCCUUCAGUGUUAGAAGGGCCUUGGAUACACACGCGUCUAAGGAGAGUCCAGCAAGUGCCGUUGCUAGUGAUAGGGGUACUCCUGUACCUUCGAGUUCUAGCCAGGAGAAGAAUUCACUGGCCAAGGCAGGACGAGAGAAAGUGAAGGAAAACAGUGAUACCAAGGAUAAGCUGUUGCCUGCUGAGCUAAAUGGGAAAGGAGACCAGGCAGUGAAUUCGAAGAGUGACAGGAUACUCGGACAAGGAGAAAUCAAGGCACCGCUCGUCACGCGACCGCGCCGGCUACUACUCGUCUGGAGACAAAGAUCAUCGGCACAGGCGCCAUUGAUUCAGCCGAGCUUCCCUGUUGUAAGAACAUCUAUCUUAGCUAAUUUAUAUAUAUACUCCCUCCGUCCUGAAUUACUUUGUCUUGAUACAAGUAAUUUGCGACGGAGGACCGCAAAGAUGCAGAAAGAGAAGAGGAAGAGGGGCCAUGAAGCCAGUCGCGACUCAUUGGUUUCAAGGGCUACGCCUCGCGAAACACGCAUUAUAGAGCGAGAGAAGAGGAAGAGGGAUCAAGAAUUUAGUCGUGGCUCAUUGGUUUCAAGUGCUACUCCUCGCGAAAUACGCAUUAUAGAGCGGGAGAAGAGGAAGAGGAACUAAGAACCCAGUCGUGGCUCAUUGGUUUCAAGUGCUACUCCUCGCGGAACACGCAUUAUAGAGCGAACGAAGAGGAAGAGGGUCCAAGAAGCCAGUCGUGGCUCAUUGCUUUCAACUGUUACUCCUGAUGGGGAACCAUUAUUUCAGCUGCCGACAGAGAAGAGCAAGAUGGACUAUGUGCUUUCAACUGUUACUCCUCGCCAAAGACGCAAUAUAGAACGAAUGGUGCAACUCAACAAGACCAUGGACAAGUGCAAUGAAGAUUAUUUGGAACGAUUUGGAUGUCCUGAUCCACCUGUUCCGAGCCGGAGUUUUGUAGAGAAGCCAUUUGGCUAUACAGAUGCAGUUUCUGAUGAUUCAUUGACUUCCAAGGUUGUCUCGCUUGCUUUAUAUGAUGGAGAUAAGAUGUUAUUUGCAUGCUCGGGCUUAGCUUUACAACACAAGGGAACGACGUUUCCAGUUGUGUCAAGAUUUGUGACUUCAAAACGUUUGGUUUCAGAAUUUGAAAAAAACAGAAACAGAGCGGAUAAUUUGAGGGUAAAUGUGAUCGUUUGGGCUGAUCCACUACCCUUUUCAAUACAGAUUAAUGUGCGCCUUCCCAACAAAGCAAGUUUCGAUGGGUUCUUGGGGCUAUAUGAUAGUCAUAUUGCGAUUGUCACGUCCUUCCGCUUCGCAAAAGUACUUCCUGUAGAUCUGCACUCUCAUAUAGAUUGGCAGCAUGAUCUAGUAGCUGUUGGGCGAGCCUUUAGCUCGGGCACUUUGAUGAGCACUGCCAGGAAGCCUAUUGAUAUCCUAUCACAGCAGCAAGCUACAGAUGCUCUGAUCCCUUUCCCUUGUCCUAUCACAGAGGCUGGACUUGGAGGGCCAGUUAUUAAUCUAGCCGGGGACGUUGUGGGAUUGAGCAUUGAGGUUGACAUCGAUAAGGAAACUACCUGGUUCCUACCACGUGUGGCGCUUCGCGUACACUUGGAAUAUUUGGAGAAGCUCACCCCAAACUCUACGAACUUCCGUGAAUAUACCUUGCCUGAUGGUGUUUACAGCAUAGUCCCAUCAGGAUUUAUGGCAGAUGUGAACUAUUUAAAAUCAUGUGGAUAUCCUCAGCCACCACCACUUGUGCUCGAAGGCGGUGGGAGAUUGUUUAAUACAUUUGAAGAGGAAUUUGGUCAAUUAUAUGGUUAUAAGGACUACGAUUGCAAUCUUGAUCAUCGUAGCUCUGGGGAGCAGAUUAAAGUACUUCUCCCACCGAAACAGGUCGUUGAUGGGACACUGGAACUGUACCAUUCAGAUUAUAACAUUGCUGUCAUCAGUCUAAAGAAGCCUCUAUAUGGUAUUCGUCCAGAAUAUAUUUUCAGCACGGCGAAAAGGCCACCAAUAGUAGUAGCUAUAGGGCGGGAGGCUCAGGAUGGAUUAUUGAUGGGGACAAUCGGUAAAGCGGUCAAGAAGUUUGCGGAUGAGAAACUUCCUUGCGAAGACCUUAAGCUGUCUACUUGUAAAAUCAAGAAGGUUGGGAUUGGAGGGCCCCUUGUUAAUAUUGUUAAUGGAUUGUUUGCUGGCAUGAACUUCUAUGGUGAAACUGAUGUAACUCCUUACCUGCCGAGGGCAAUCAUCGUGGAAGUUUUAAGCGGGAUUGAUCUCCCAUCUCAAAGAGGAAUGGACCAUGCCACUGACAUAAUGGGUGACGCGACAGUUAAGAAAAACAGGUGGCCGGUGCCUAAGCCAUAUUGGUACCAUCCCUUAUUCGAUGAUGAUGCUCCGUUGCAUUUUUAUGGAAGGCAACUCCAGUAG